AUGACUUUCAGAAUCGACGACUACAAUGCCUACCCCUCGCUGACGUCCAAACGGGACCCCCAGCUCGGCUCCUCCUCCUCCCACAACCGCAAUUCCAACCCGGACCCGAUUCCGGGUCCGCCUCCCUCUCAGGGCCCAUUCCCUCAGCCUAUUGGAUACCCCUACGACUAUGGAGUGCAGUAUCCGUCCCACACGGCCUCCAACAACUCGCUCCAGUCGUCGUCACUCAAUUACGGUCCCAGUAGCGAUUUUCCCACCCCCGUUGGUACUGGCUACGUGCAACCAGAGUUCAUGGGUGACAUGUGCCGAACAGUAUCAGCCAACCCCGAGUUUGAGUCUGGCAGCAGCUUUGUGUCUCCCAUCCCUCCAGGCAUGUUUGACAUGCCUGCGCCGUUUCCUCCUCCGCACUCCAACCCCAUCAAGAUAGAGCCGAGCCCAACACAGUCAAUAUCGUCUAGCCAAGAGAGGAUAGUCAAGCAGCGAAUCAAGUCCGAGCCCACUAUCAGUGUGUCUCGACCUCAGCAGCUGCCACCCAAGAACAGAACUCGUUCGGCUCACAACAUCAUCGAGCAGAGGUACAGAAACAAAAUCAACGCCAAGUUCGACACCUUGCUGAACACCGUUCCCUCGCUCCGGGUGGUGGUGCGGACCAAGAAGAAGCUGAAGACCGACAACGACUUCGAGUCUAGUGGCGACGACCUGGACUGCGCAGGCUCUGACGACGACGACCCCAACCAUCCAGUGGACUUGGAGGGGUUGAAGCCGGCUCGCAAGUUGAACAAGGGCACCAUCUUGACCAAGUCGAUCGAGUACAUCAAGUUCUUGGAACUCAAGAACCAGCGCAUGAAGCUGGAGAACGAGGAGUUGAUCAUGAAGGUAAGGAUGCUCGGGUUGCAUCCAGACACUCCCUACCGCAGGUAG